AUACUGAAAACUGCUAAAUUAUCCGAGUCAAGGUCUAGAAACCUGAUUUUACCUAACUUUGUGUCGUUUGUUGUGGAAAUCGAGUGGAAUAGUAAGAGUGGCAGGUUAACAACUGACGAAAACCCUAAUUCACCGUAUCCUACAUCCGAGCCCACAGCGAAUAACUAUGUAACCGGACAAGCUAAACAAUUUCUGUGCAUCCACGGCGGAACGCACUAUUGGCAUCAGCGCCCACCAUGUUGAUUAUUACGCCUCAAUUAUAAACUUGAUUCAAUCACUCCCUACAAAUUCUGAUAACAGGUUUCAAAUCAGGACCGUUCCUCUCAAAAGAGGUCAUCCAUGA